AAAGGGCAUUCUCCGGACCAUGAGGGCCAACAACGACGCAGUGGCCGACCUCAUUCCUGUGGAUGUUGUCAUCAACCUCACACUCACCGCUGGAUGGUACACAGCCGUGCAGAAACCCAAAUCGGCACUGGUAUAUAACUGCACAACGGGCGGAAUCAACCCCUUCCAUUGGGGAGAGAUCGAGCACUAUGUGAUGUCCACCUUCAAGAGGAACCCCUUGGAGCAGGCUUUCAGACGACCCAACGCCAACAUCACGUCCAACUACCUGAUCAACCAGUACUGGAUCCUGGUCAGCCACAAGUUCCCCGCGCUGCUCUAUGACCUCUUCCUCCGUCUGUCGGGGCAGAAGCCACAGAUGAUGCGGAUCUUCAACCGGCUGCACAAGGCCAUCGGCCUGCUGGAGUACUUCAGCAGCCAGGACUGGGAGUGGAACUCGGAGAACAUGAACAUGCUGAUGAGCCAGCUCAGCCCUGAGGACCGUAAGACCUUCAACUUUGACGUGCGUCAGCUGAACUGGCCUGAAUACAUUGAAAACUACUGCAUUGGGACAAAGAAGUACGUCCUGAAUGAAGACAUGUCGGACAUCCCUGCCGCGCGGCAGCACCUGAGGAAACUGAGGAAUAUCCGCUACACCUUCAACACUGUCCUUGUCGUCUUCAUCUGGCGCGUCUUCAUCGCCCGCUCCCAGAUGGCGCGCAACAUCUGGUACUUUGUGGUCAGCCUCUGCUUCAAGUUCCUCUCCUACUUCCGAGCGUCCAGCACACUGACCAAGUGAUCACGCAACCCAAAAAAACUCCAACACUGCCCCCCCCCCCCCCCUCUCCACCAGCCAUCAGCCCAGGCCACCCCCCCCCC